CUACAUAUUCUAGCACUGCGGAGGCGAUGGAGACAUGAGCAGAGAUAAAUGCAUGUCCGCGGCAGUGUUUUGGCCACUUGAGCUGACCGCGGCCCAGCUUUUAGGGCAAGCCUCGGGAUUUCCUUAGCCGCGUUCGCCGGCCAGCUCAAGGCACAAUGGGCAUGGCAAGUUGGGAGUCUUCAAAUGUUGGGAAGCGACAGUGUCAAAGUGGAUAGAGAGGGGGUUGGUGUGCUACCUUGGUGUUGACAUCUCAUAUCAAGUGUUGACAGAGAGGAGGCCAUGGCUUUUGAGGAGCUCAAGGAUGUAGGGAUGGAAGGAGACAGGGGGCUUGUGGCCGGUCGCAGCCAGAGGGAGAAGAGGAGGUCGUACAAGGAUCUGUUGAGGGAAGAGGAAGAAAUUGCUGCUCAGGUACGGAAGUCUUCCAAGAAAAGGCCAAAGGAUUCAGAACUUUUUAUGCUGGGAGGAGAAUCGCACAAAAAGAAGAAAAAGCAUAGUGAUGACUACUAUUACAGGGACCACGAUGGUUCAGGCCCACCUCCCCACAAGAAAAAGCACAAGUCUGCAGACCGCUCCCCACCCCUUUCUUCCCCCUCAGCAUCCCAUCCUACAGAUACGGCAAUGGGCCUCCUACAGGCUAUCACCUCUCCCCUGGCCACAGGUUCAGACCCCAGCCCCCACUUACACAAGAAGCCCUCCUACCCGUCCUUCUCUUCGCACUCUUCUAAGGACCGCAAACGUGAGAGCAGCGGCGGUGGAAGCACAGGGAGCCAUUCUUCCUUCUCUCACUCCCGCCCCGUCUCUUCAUCGUCAUCUUCCUCCAAGAAGCACUCCUCCAGCUCCUCUUCUUCGAAGUCAUCUCUGUUCCAUGGCGGUGCUCCCAAAGAGGAGCCCUUGACCUUGCGUGAGGCGGACGGGCUGAAGAUGAAACUCAUCAUGUCGCCAGAGAAAGAGGAGGGAGAGAGCUUCCCAUUCACACCCCACUCAUCCAAAGGAGGGGUGAAGAAAGAGAAGGACAGGGAGGGAACGCAGCUCUCAAAGUCACCCAAGAAGAAGCUGCAGCAGAGUAGAGAUCCGCUGCCUGUGGUGGGCAAAGAGGUGGAAGUGGAAGGGCAUUAUGGAGGUGGCAUGGGAGAUGAAAGCUCUUCUUCUGGGGCAGAACUGGAGGCAGGUGAACUGGUUAUAGACGAUUCAUAUACACACUUGUCAAAAAAGAAGAAGAAGAGCAAGAAAAGCAAAAAGAAAAAGGACAAAGAAAAAGACAGGGAGAAGGAUAAAAGUGGGAAGGACAAGAAGCACAGCAAAGGGUUUGGCGAAUCAUCAAAGAGCCACAGUCACUCCCAUCCUACAGUCACACACAGUGCUGUGGGCCCGAUGUAUGCCAUGGGCACGCCCCUCCCGCCCCACCACCACCAAGGCAGCGACGGCACGACAGAGAAGAAGAAGAAGAAAGAGGAGAAAGAUCGAGAAAAGCAUGAGAAGGAUAAAGAUAAGCCUAAGAAGAAGAACACAACAGCCUAUCAGGUGUUCUGUAAGGAGUACAGGGUCAACAUAAAUGCAGAACAGCCAGGACUAGUGUUUGGUGAGUUGAGUAAGAAGCUGGCAGAGGUUUGGAAGGCGAUGCCUGAAAAGGACAAACUGGUAUGGAGGCAGAAAGCUCAGUAUUUGCAGCACAAACAAAACAAAGCUGAAGCCACUACGGUCAAACACAAGCCCUCCAGUGAGGGCAAAAGCAAAGUUGCAGGGACUUCGACAGGAGUGGUGUCUCCAAACAGAGCGCCGGGCACCAUGUCUCUGUCUCCGGCUCGAGUCCCAGAUGUUGAUCCCAUCGACGCAGCGGCUCACCUGCAGCUGCUGGGAGAGUCCCUGUCCUUGAUUGGACAUCGGCUGCAGGAAACAGAAGGGAUGGUGGCUGUGUCUGGGAGUUUGUCUGUUCUUCUGGACUCCAUCCUGUGCGCGCUGGGCCCGCUGACCUGUCUCACAGCACAGAUACCACAGUUAAAUGGAUGUCCUCGAAAUGUCCUGUCAAAUACGUUAGACAACAUCGCCUACAUCAUGCCUGGACUUUGAGGAAAGGAUUGACUGUUGAAUCUGGAGGAAACGGGGCCCCAGAAGACUUUACCCGGGAGACCUUUGGACUUUAAUUUAAGCCACUGCUUGGCGUCUGAAAAAUGUGGAUAUUUCUAGCAUCUGUAUGUUUUUUAAAGUGUAUUUUUUUUAAGAACUUGUUUCUCUUAGUUUUCUAAUUGCUGUAUUUUUAAAUGAAACAUUUUACCAAACAUGUUGAUCUUAAACGGUGCAUCAGCUUGGUUUUACUGUUACUGUACAGCUGUUUUCUGAAUGGAUGUACACCUGUAUGUAGUGUAUGUAUGACUGUGUGCGUGUGCACGCGCAUUUGCUUAGCUCUUCAGUGGGACCGUAAUUGUGUGACAGUUCAAUACAUGUCUGCAUAUUGAACUUUUUUUUUUUUAAUGAAGUGUACAGAAACAUUUACAUUAUCAGCUCAUCAGUGACAUCACGUAAUAUAUUUCACAUCUCCUUAGUUUUUCUUUUUCCCUGUAUAAGAGACUUCUUUUAUACAUUUAAUAUUUUACUGUGUAAGACAUUUGAAAACUCAAUAGAAAACAUCUUUGGGUAUGACUGUUGUAGUGAAGAGCUGUUCCAACAAUUCCCCAUCUGAUUAAACUUGAACCAUGUGGCAACAUUAAAAUAGCAGCAUUAUUCAGUGUGGAUAAUCAGACUGACAAGAAGCAAAGUGAACACAGACCCUCCCUUUAUUUUGCAGACCCAGCACAGUAUUAGGUACAACAGUUCCAAGAGUGACUGUCUGCUCACCUGGUUUUUCCUGCUCUUAUAACCUGUCUGUUCUCUGUCCAUCC